UGAAACCUAUAUAAUAAAUCAUAUCAUCACUUACGGUAGAGGUUAUAUUUUUGUUGUACUUGUUACAUGUGCUUAAUGUGUAAAUAAAUAUUUUAAAUCAUGAAGGAAGUUCUGCUAUCAAAUUGUGAAAGAAAUUUUGUAAAUAAGGCAGUACAACGAGGAAUACGAUUAGAUGGAAGGAAUUUAAUGGAAGCACGACCUGUUAAAAUUUAUUUUGCAUCUAAUUGGGGUGGUUGUAUGGUUUUACUUGGUCAAACUAGAGUUAUAGCACAAGUAACAUGUGAUAUUCAAAAACCUAAGACAUCUCGCCCUAAUGAAGGAAUGUUGCAUAUAAAUGUUGAACUUAAUCCAAUAGCUGCACAACAUUUUGAUAGUGGUAGGCAAUCUGAAAUUUCCAUAUUGAUUAGCAGACAACUUGAAAAAUGUUAUCAAGAUUCCAAAUGUAUAGAUCUAGAAUCUUUAUGUAUUAUAGCUGAUAAGCAGGUAUGGAAUUUAAGGGUUGAUGUUAAUGUUAUUAAUCAUGAUGGGAAUUUGAUUGAUUGUGCUUCGAUUGCAACAUUAGCUGCUCUUUCACAUUUUCAUAGGCCUGAUGUAACAUCUAAUGGUGAAGACAUUAUAGUUCAUCCAUUUUCUGAAAAGGACCCUUUACCAUUAACAUUAUAUCAUUAUCCAGCAUGUGUUUCUUUUAUAACCUUUGAAUGUGGAAAUACUGUUAUGGAUCCAACAUAUUUAGAAGAAAGAGUUGGAGUAGCUCAACUUACUCUUGGUAUAAAUUCAUAUAGAGAACUUUGUAGUUUGCAUUUUAAUUAUUUGACAAAAACUAUGACUGUGAAAGAUGUGAUAUCAGCAGUUUCUAGUUAUGCAACAAAUUAUGCUUUAGAAUUAGUACAACAGAUAAAAGAAGCAGUAGCUUAUGAUGUGAAUGCAAGGUAUAAAAAAGACGAUCAUAAUACAAGUCGUUUUAAGGAAUGUAUAACAAUGAAAAAGUUGACUGCAAUGAACAGUGACUGUAUUAGCAUUAAACUACAUAAAUGGAAUGAAAUAGAAAAAGCAGAAUCUGAUGUUGACCUGGAAGAGAAACAAACUGAGAGUUGUGUAAUUAUAAAACCUGGACAAGGAUCUGCAGAAUUAAUAACAGAUGCCGGUAUGUCAUUUGGUGAAGGUGGACCUAACACAUGGAAUGUAUCAGAAUCAUCAGAGGAAGAAAUAAAUGAUAUUGAAAUUACUGCUGAAAUAAAGAAAGAAGAAGAUAAAAUCAUGGGUGAAAUAGAAUUAAGUGGAAGUAGUGAAGAAGAAACCACUGAAAUGUUAGAAACAAAAGAUUUAAUGCAAUAA